GCCCUAGUCCCUCCCUCCAUCGGCCGCCAGUGGCUGCCGUUCGCCCGCGCGGUUCCUCCAUUGGCGGCGGCUUUGCCUGCCAGGCUACGCUGCGUCCGGCUGCGGUCUGUCAUGGAGGCUGUGGAACGGGGGCGGCAGGCGGCGGGAGAGUCCGUGUCCGUGUGAAGGUGGCGGCCCGUCAGCGGGAAGAUCUGUCAAAGAGAGCCGGUGAUUGGUCUGGACCUUGCUCACAGACUCCAUGUUGUCCCGUCUAGGUAAAAGCGAGCCGAGAGAAAUUUGCCAGGAGAUUGCUGUUUGUGACUGAAAGAAGCAGGCGUGUAUCUGCACGGAGCUGGAGAGGAGCAGGCUAGAUGGAUCUAAAGACAGCAGUGUUCAAUGCAGCUCGUGAAGGCAAGCUGCGGCUCCUUUCCAAGUUACUGGCAAGCAAAACAAAAGAAGAGGUGGCCUCGUUGAUGUCAGAAAAAACCGAUGGUGCCACACCACUUCUGGUGGCAGCCCGUUACGGUCACCUUGACAUGGUGGAAUACUUGUUGGACCAUUGCUCUGCAUCCAUAGAAGUUGGCGGUUCGGUGAGUUUUGAUGGUGAGACCAUUGAAGGAGCUCCGCCGCUCUGGGCAGCGUCUGCUGCCGGCCACUUGAAUGUGGUUCAGUCCCUUUUGGAUCGUGGUGCUUCUGUCAACAACACAACCCUGACGAAUUCGACUCCCCUCAGAGCUGCCUGUUUUGAUGGCCACCUGGAAAUAGUGAAGUACCUUGUGGAGCACAAAGCAGACCUGGAAGUAUCAAACCGCCAUGGGCACACGUGCUUGAUGAUUUCCUGUUACAAAGGCCACAAAGAAAUUGCUCAGUAUUUACUUGAAAAAGGAGCUGAUGUUAACAGAAAAAGCGUUAAAGGAAACACCGCAUUACACGACUGUGCAGAAUCUGGAAGUCUGGAGAUCAUGAAGAUGCUUCUCAAGUAUUGUGCUAAAAUGGAAAAAGAUGGUUAUGGAAUGACGCCGCUUCUGUCAGCUAGUGUGACAGGCCACACAAAUAUUGUGGACUUUCUGACCCAACAUGUGCAGACCAGUAAGGCUGAGUGCAUAAAUGCUCUGGAACUUCUGGGAGCAACGUUUGUUGACAAAAAGAGAGAUCUUCUUGGUGCUUUGAAGUACUGGAAGCGAGCUAUGGAAAUGAGAUACAGUGAUAGAACUAAUAUCCUGAGCAAACCAGUACCGCAAACACUAAUUAUGGCCUAUGCAUAUGCUAAAGAGGUAAACAGCUCCGAAGAGCUAGAAAAUCUUAUUGCUGACCCUGAUGAGAUGAGAAUGCAAGCUCUGUUAAUUAGAGAACGUAUCCUUGGCCCGUCUCACCCAGAUACAUCCUACUAUAUUAGAUACAGAGGUGCUGUCUAUGCGGACUCUGGCAACUUUAAGCGUUGCAUCAACUUAUGGAAAUACGCGUUGGACAUGCAGCAGAGCAAUCUGGAUCCUCUGAGCCCUAUGACAUCCAGCAGCUUGCUGUCGUUUGCUGAACUUUUCUCCUUCAUGCUGCAGGAUAGGGCGAAAGGCCUGCUAGGCACUACUGUUACAUUUGAUGAUCUGAUGGGUAUACUGUGCAAAAGUGUUCUUGAAAUAGAGCGGGCCAUGAAACAAACCCAGUGCCCUCCUGAUCCAGUACAGCUGAACAAAGCCCUUGCCAUCAUUUUGCAUUUAAUUUGCUUGUUGGAGAAGGUACCUUGCAGUUCAGAACAGGAGUAUUUUAAGAAACAGACUAUUUAUAAGUUUCUUAAGCUUCAGCCUAGAGGGAAGAAUAACUUCAGUCCUCUUCACCUUGCUGUUGACAAUAGUACUACAUGUGUGGGUCGCUACCCAGUUUGUAAAUUCCCUUCUCUACAAGUUACUGCUAUCUUGGUGGAAUGUGGUGCUGAUGUAAAUGUCAGAGACUCUGAUAACAAUAGUCCAUUGCACAUUGCUGCACUGAACAACCAUCCAGACAUCAUGAAUUUUCUCAUUAAUUCAGGUUCACACUUUGAUGCCACAAACUCGCAUAGAAAAACUGCUAGUGAUUUGCUGGAUGAUAAAGAAAUAGCCAAAAACUUAAUCCAGCCCAUAAACCAUAUUACACUGCAGUGUCUUGCAGCCCGUGUUGUAGUGAAUCGUAACAUACACUAUACAGGCCACAUCCCUGAAAAACUAGAGAACUUUAUUUUACUUCAUAGAUGAUAGUGUGAAAUCCCAGAGCACUGCUUUCUCUGAAGCACGACUAGGUGACAGUGUUUUGCUUUGAACGAUGUUGUGAUACACCAGCAUUCUCUUAGCUUGCUCCAUCUUGCUUUCAUUAAUCAAAGCAUUGUUAGCAUCGGUUUGGUGGAGUUGGUUACCCAGUAUUUAAUGUAUGCCAUAUAUUAUAUUUUGUGAGUUAAAUAGAAAUGAAACGCCAUAUUUAGACUCUUAAAACUAUUUGCCAAAGGCUUGUCUAUUCUGGUCUUAAUUGCCUGAUGGCUGUUUGGAACCGAGUUGAGUGUUUUCCACUGAAGUCUUAUACUAUAACUGUUGUGUGGAUUUUCUACAGUUGGAAGGUCAUAUUUUUGUUUUUGUUUUCUUCUUCUUGAGCGUUUCUACUCUCUUCUUUUCUAUGGACUCAUUGCUAAACUGUUUGAGUUGGAUGGACUUGUUAACAUUUGCAACUACCAUAAGUGCUUUUAUCUUUUCUAUGCACUGGUUGAGUUAUGACUGUUGCGUGUGAGCAUACUUCUAUGCAGCACUUGGCCAAUUUUGAACUAAAUGCAGAUUUCAUUUUGCAGUUGUGGAUUUAUUUAUUUUUUUGGAGAUUUUUUGAGAAUGCUGGCUUCGUAGCAUGACACACUUUGGAACUAUUUACCAGUUCUCCAAACUUGGAUUUUACUCCUCUGAGUGCCGUAACUGAGGUUUCUUUCCUCUUGAUCCUCAGGAGAUUUGAGCUAAGUUUUGGAGAAGAAAGUCUUUCACGUGAUAAUUUCCCUGAACUUUAAGUCUGAAAGUCAUUCUGUUGCAUCAUACAGUUAGGGGAAGAGUAUUCAUUAUAUACAACUGACGCCUUCCCCUUUGCAGUCAUGUCUUGCUUGUGCUGGUUAUGUGACUAGAUGUGAAGUUUGUUCAAAGUUUAACCUCAGACUUAACGAUACACUUUAACGAGCAGUAGAUCAAAUGAAUGCUGUAGUUUUAAAUUUAAAAGUCAACUUUAGCUACAAAAGAAACUAAAGCAUGUUGGUGGCAUGACGCUUAUCAGUCCAGAUUUAAACAUCACUUAACGUUAUUUUGACUGUGUGGCUGUAUGGCAAGGUAUUGGGAGUUCUAUAGAAGUGUCCCUUCUUUCAUUUUGAAUAUCUUUAUAAAUAUUUGCAUGUUCUUUUCUCUAGUGUGUCAGCUGUACUUAAAAAAAAAAAGAAAAAAAAAAAAAAAAGAAAAGCAGAAGUUCUGUUGUGUAUAAAGCUCCUGAUGAAAGUACCUAUUUUUAUAAUAUUUGCACAACAGCUUAGCUUUUACAACAGAAAGGGCUCUUUUGACUUGUUAAAUCUAUAAAUGGAGAUCAUAAAUGUGCAAUUCAGGUAAUUAAUAUAAUUCAGCACUUUACUGUUGAUUAAUAGUAGAUUAUAUUACGGCACAUUAGCCCUGCAAAUGUCUUGAGGUGAAAUUCAGUUCUGUUGAGUAGAAUACGCUUGUAAGUUUCUUAGCCUAGCAUAUUGGAUGUUGUUGACAUAAGGUUUCAUUCCAGUGGUGGGUAGUAAGCGUACCCAUGGGCUUCUGGCUCCAGAAGAUUCAACAAGUUGGCUUAUGGCUUUUGUCAGAUUUGUAGAGAUUUAAAGGCCAAGUUAACCAGAUAAAAUCUAUUAUAGGAGAGUAAUUUUUGAUUUUCUAACCUCAUGUUGGAACAUCUUUGUCUUCUUUGAAUUAAGUUGAGGAAGAAUGUAUCUUGAGGGCGUGUUAGAGUAGUUCUUCAUUACUUUCUGACUAUUUUGGGGUUCUUUCUGAAGUGUACACUACCAGUUUGGUCGUUCUUGAAAAUAAUACUGGAAUGUAUUGAAACAAAGGUGUGUUGAAAGUGCCAUUGGUGUAUUGCCACUUUUAGGUUUUGCUUAGAAGUGACUUUCACCUGUUUAUCCCAUGCUACGUGUGCACUUUUGAAAGUCUGUGAGUAAAGAAAUCCAGAUACUGCAGUGUAUCUGCAAGCUAAACUAUUGAAUUAGCUGGAUUUUUCUGAUUUCUGAUGAUUAAAACAUGUGCCACCCCAACUGUCCUCUCUGAGAACAACAGCUUAUAUUCAUUAUCUUUAUUUUUUAUGAUUCUCUACUGCUUUGUAAGUGGAAGAAAUCAUGCCACAGUACAAAUAAUACACAUUAUUAUACUGAGUCAUGAGUGUAUUUCUCUUUUGGUAGGUUACAGAAAGAGUUUAACAUCUCUAGAGUUUUAUACUCUGGAAUCUUACUUUUGGUUUAAAUUUGUGUAAUUUUCUAAUAACCAGUUUAAAAUCAAUUAUUUGGACCUUGUUAGUCCAGAAAUAUAAAAUCAAAUAAAUUAACUGUUAGCAAACAGUAUCUGUUCUAUUGAAUAGAAGACAUUUCCAAAGUGGUUAGAAAGCAGAUCAUCGCUAAAUGUAUGUAAACCCAGUGGAGACCAGGUUUUCGGGGAAGGCCUAUUCUGUGAACUGUAUGCUUUAAUUUUAAGAACUACCUUAUGUGAUAGGGAGUCCUGAUUUACUGUGUACAGUUCUGAGUAAAUGCCUGGUGACAUAAGUCAAUCCUGGAGUGCAUCAUCUCCAUUCAGAGAUUAAUUUUUCAUGAUGUUGAGGCUAUCUGCUGAACUCAGUGCUGUGAUUUUUUGCCUGAUACUUGAUGCAUUUAAUUAUCUUUUCCAUUUCCUUCUUGACCUGUACGUUUACAUUACUCUUCAGUUUUUGCUUCAUUAAAAAAAAAAAAAAAAGUCAGUACGAGGCCUGUUUCAGAUAAAAUUUAUGGAUUGAUUUCAGGAUUUUUUGAGUAGAAGAGGCAUGGCAGGCCUUGUCAUAUAUGCUCAUACCAAUGUGUCCAGUGCUGAUGGGAAGUAACAGAUUUUCCCUCAGCUCCUGGUUCAGAGUCUUCACUGCAAUCCAUAUAUCAACCUUCUGGACAAGAAGUUUUGUUUUUGUUGUUUUUUUUCUUUUUUGCAGCCUCAUUACUCACUCAGAGGUGGCUGUAAAAUGAUGUUAGUGAAACCUACUGAUGUUAAAUGCAGUAGUGCAGCUAUCUGCUCUUGGCAUGGUCAGCGCAAUGAACUAAAGAGCGUUCAGAACACAUUCAGAAUACAGGUUUGUUUCUGUUCUAACCUUAACUAUUCUUGUCAUAUCUGGGCUUUUCUCUGGUGAAGUGUGCAGUUCCUGAGCUACCAGCACAAAAAUGUUGAGAACACUGUGGAUAAAAAAAAAUAAUUGCAAUGCUCAGCAUGGGUGACACAGGUUUUAAAACUGAAUAAGCAGUUUACAAGUGCAAGGAUACCUCCUUGCUUGUUAAGACCUCUUAAGGUGUAUUUGGGGAUUACGAGGAGGGAGCAGGGAUAGAAACACUCAUUGGAGUUUUUCUUCCAUUCUUCUUGGGCUUCAACAGAAAUACUUCAGCCAGGUAGAUGAACAGUACUGUAGUAAAACGUGAGAUGCUGUUCUUAUCAAAGCCUAAAACUAUAUUCCUGCUCUUGUAUCAUGCUGGUAAUAACGAGGUUCCAGCUGUCUGUGAUGUCUCUGUGCUUUUUAAGUGCAACAUGAAUGCACUUUCUGAAAUGCAAGACAACAAUUCAUUUUCCAUUUGUACUUCACAGCAGUCCCUGGCUAGGAGCUUAUUUUGUGUAUUUCUGAAGUCCUCAAAAAGUUCUCUCCUAAUAAAUGUUUUGCAGCUCAUUAAACUUUCAAUUUUAUUUUUUUUUUUUUAUAAAACACUUAAAAUUUAAAAAAAAAAAAAAUUUUAAAAAGAAAAAAAAAAAAAAAAAAAAGGAAUAGAAUGCCAUAGCAAAAUCUUUACAAAAGUACUUUAAAAGGGGAUAAAAAUGUGCCUCUCCUCAGUUUUAUAUCAACUGCAAGGUGAUGGUGGCAGAACAUGACUACUGUUGAAAGAGCUUCCUCAAGCUUUGGAAUAUACAGAGUGGAAUGCAUGUUAUACUCUGAAAUGUUGACAGAUUUGUCCAUGUAGAAUUAACACUAAUUUCUAUUUUCUGUGACUGCAAUAAAGUCAAGUGGUUUUUGAUGUUUCAAAGUAACUACGAGGAAAUUAAUGGGAGACCUACUAGACUGUCCAUAACUCUUGGCUCCAAGUAUGAAUGUACCUGUUGAACCCUCAGUGAGGGCAGAAUGAAAAAGGUAUUGUUUGUUUGGUUUAAACUGAUUUUGUAUUUGUUCCAUUCUACCACAGAGUUAUUCCUGUGCAGGGUGAGCUUCAUGUAUGGAAACAUUGCAGUUUCUUUUUUACGUGAAGUAAUUUAGCUUUAGCAUCAAUGUUUAAAAAAAAACAAAAAACAAACAAACAAAAAAAAAGAAUAACAAGCAUAUUUCUGUGCUUACAUUCUCUUGAGGCUCCAGAUGCAGAUUAUAUUAAAAAUAUGUUUUGGAGAA